AUGUUGUUACCUAUUCACUAUCAAGUAUCGUCGAGAAUAUCAACACAAGAAGUCACUAUCAACACUUCCAUCAACAUCACCAUUGAUGCCCUGCGCGAGGUCAUCCCGCACGUGAAGCGCGAGCGGAAGCUGUCCAAGAUCGAGACGCUGACGCUGGCCAAGAACUACAUCAUGGCGCUGACGAACGUGGUGUGCGAGAUGCGCGGCGAGGACAAGCCGUACCAGCUCUUCCCCAACAGCUCCUCCUCGCCGGCGUCCUCCACGGGCAACAACGGCGGCGAGUCCCCGACGGCCAACGGCAACACCUCCUGCUGCUUCCCGGCGGCCAACGGUGCCUCGCCCACCUCCGCCGCAACCAACACUUCCCCUUCCACCACCAGUCUGCACAGGGACGCCGAGCUCUACUGA